AUGGCAACCAAGAUUGAAGCCGUAAUGAGCGAGGCAGAAUAUGGAAGUGUUACCAAGUACAAUAAAGCAAGACAGGCUGUCGAAAAACGAUGCUUGAAGGACUGCAUGAACUUCUACGAUGAGUACUCGAAUCUUAUCAAACAAACCUUGUACAUAACGCAACAAUUGUUAAGCAAAAACCGAACGGAUGGUGAGAAACGUCAUUUGGAGCGGGAACUGGAGUGGCGAAAGCCAGUGAACGACCGUCUAGUCCAGGAGGUCGUCGACGGUGCAUACCGACUGAGUGAGAUUGCUGAAAAAGAGAAAGCAGAAAAGGAGACUCGCGAAAAAACUGGAUCCAAUGAUAAGAAUGCAUCAUAUACUGCUAUUCAAAACGAGAUUCCAAAAGACAAAUCACUGGAAAUGGAAUUUUCAAAGAAUCAAGACGAUGAAAAAGGACGAUCGAAAAAUCACAAGACACCGAAGAAAUUGGAGGCGGCGGCCAGAAGGCCUUUCCGAUUGAAGCAGUAUUAUUACAUGCAAGAACUUCAACGCAAAAGAGCCGAGGAGUCCAAAUCAGCCACAUCAUCGCAAGCAUCGGAAUCUAAUAUGAAUGAGAAGUCAGACGACACUGCCGAAAAACAAGGAUCCGCAAAAGCAUCAUCAUCUGGAGAGAACCAACUCGCUGUUAUCGCAGGAGAAUUUGAAAGUGUGUCAUCUCCUCGGUUGAUGAUUCCAAGUGUUUUAAAGCCUAGAAGAAAUGACAAUUUCGACACUUUGGAUGCUGAAAAUUAUUCCUUAUCUGUCAAGCAAGCGAUUUCCAAGCUAAUUUAA